UCCCAGUGCCAACCUGUUUCUCCUUUCCUGUAAUAAAUCUUAGCCCCCUGAGCACCUACAGAGGUGCUAAGGUGAUUCUUAUGCUGUCGUUUGCAAAUUGUGCUUACCAUAUGGGACUGGUAAGAAAAGCAAAACAGAAACACAUUUACUGCAGUCUGGAUGCUUCUACUCUAAUGGACUUGAUGCAGAGCCUCUAUGUUGCUCGCUCAGAUAGCUUCUUCUUGACACCCUGGCUGUCAGAUGAUGAUGAGCUAAAUAUAAAUACGCACUUUCUUCACUGCAAGAAGCUGGAAUAUUUUGACGUUCAAUCCCCUCCAUGGAAACAAGUUGCUUACUCACUGCUGCUGCUGCAGUAUGAGUCACCCAGGAAUAUUCUUAGCACAGCCAGAUGACAAUGGGCUCCCAACAGCCAACCAUCCCUGCCAGCUAGCCUGCCCAGUGGCAAGGCAUGGUGGGAGUUGUAGUCCUAAAAUGUUUGGAGGCCAGCUUGGGAAAAGCUGUCUUUAAUAUGAAUAUGUGUGUUCUCAUUUUGUGUUCCUCGACCCCAACGCUUAAGGCUGUGCAGUUUUCAGGAAACACCCCCACCCAUUCCAGACACAUUCCCCCCACCCUCAAAGAAUUCUGGGCAACGUAGUUUUCCCUUCACAGAGUUACUCUUCCCAACAACCCUGCACAAACCACAGGGCCCAGGAUUCUCUGAGGGGACAGUGCGGUCGCCCUCAUUGGUCGCCCUUCUCCUCAUUGACUCACCCCACAACUCCUCCCCCUUUGUAUUCCUGACAGGAGAAAGCCCCUUAUCCGAGGCUCCGCUUCCCUCGGGAUGAAGGCCAGCUCUGGCCUGGGAAGGGGAAGGUCGCGGCGGGUGGUUUAUGUGAACAGUUUCGGCAGCCACCGCUGCGGCAACGUGAUUCGUUAUGGCGGCGGCGGCGGCCACCUGAGGGACCCGGAGGCUUCCUGCCUCUCGGGCGCGUCUCCCGCUGCCGCGCUCUCGGGCAGAAGAGGCUCUCGGGGUGCAGCCGGUCCUCCCUCCGGGGAACGAGGGAGCCCCUGCUUGGGGCUGAAAGCCCCUGGCGAGGCGAGAGCGAAGGGGGUCGGGAGAGGCUGGGAGGAAGGAGGCGAGGCGAAGAGGCCCAGAGCCGAGAGGCUGCUUGGGGUCAAGCCCCCGGCGUCGCCACGCGAAGGGCGGAGCAGCAAGGCGGCGGCUGUCAACUCCACAGGCUCCGACGGCCAGGAAGAAGCGGGUACGAGCAGAGCGCAGGGCAGGAGGCCGCGUGUCCUCGCCGGUGGCUGCAAGGAAACUCAAGGAGAUGCAUUUGAAUUUCCUCCUUCCUGGGAAGUUGAUAACAGUGAGAUCAGGCAUCAAAAGAAAGAGUCCACAGUCUGGCUUGGAGUGUGUAAAGUAAUUUCUAAAAUGAUAGAAGAAAAUGGACACUUUAGAAGCAGAUUGCUGUCCUGUAGCAAACUUCCAAGUGAAGGGAGAGAUGUAAAUGGGAAUGUACAAAACGAGACUUCCUGCAUUGACACUGAUGAAGCCAUUUUUGGAUGGGUGUAGGAAACAAAGCAACAAGGAAAUGAAGAUUUAGUUCAGGUUUUGCAUUUUAGCUGUUUUCCAGUAAUCCUUUAACUAUACAGGAGAAACAGAUUCUUAGCGUCAGAGGUACUGGAAUACAAAUACUAGACAUGUUAUGUGGAACAAUUUAUGUGUUUUUCAUGUAAUAGGUUAAUUGUAAUGUAAGUUUGAUAUUGUUUAAAUGUGAUUAAGCAAAUCAGCUUUGCAUUUGGGUUUAGGUGCUCAUAAAGGAAUACAAUG